AUGGAAGGACAAUGGGAUAUAGUGAUUUCUUCUUUACAAGAUAUUUUCAACAGUAAUGAAGAAUUAAAUUUCGAUGAAGAUAAAGAUAUUCUAAAUACAAAUGUUUCUGAUUUGAAUGAAAAACAAUUAAAUGAAGUUUUACAAAAUCUAACAAAUCAUAAAGAAAAUGUUGAUAAAAGCCGAAGAGUUCUUGAAACAAUUUUGGAUAAUUUGAGUACAGUGAUUGCAACUGAAAAUAAAAGAAAGGCAAAUGACCCUAAAUUCAAGAAAGGAAGAAGUUUUUGGACAAGUCCUUUUAAUGAAUCAGAUUCUAUAACAAUGGGUGGUGAAGUUGCAUUCAGGCUUCGUCAAAGAGGUGCUGAAGACGAGUGGAUUCAAUGUGAAGUGACCAAAGUGAUUGGAGAUGGUACAAAAUUUGAAGUUCGUGAUCCUGAACCUGAUGAAAAUAAUAACCCUGGGAAGACAUACAAAGCUACAUGGAAAGAUGUUAUUAUGAUACCCAGUACACAAUCAGUUGAAUCUUUAGUAAGCUAUCCUUAUGGUACCAAAGUUUUAGCAAGGUAUCCUGAAACCACAACUUUUUAUCCAGCAGAGGUAAUUGGAACUAAAAGAGAUGGAAGAUGUAGACUUAGGUUUGAAGGUGAAGAAGAAGAAGGUAAAGAAACAGAAGUUGACAGAAGACUGGUGAUUCCUUUCCCUUCCAAGUGA